UUUUCAAAAAGCCGUCUGCGUGGCCGACCGGCUGUCCAGCGCUCAUGUGGUGUUCCUUCCAGCAUCUUAGCAAAUCGAUACCGUCCCUAAGUUAAUUCAUCCUCGGUGAGAGGGCAAGAUGAGCAAGAAUCGGGACGUAUUCACAAUCAUAGGUCUCGCGACCUGUGUAAAAAUUCUCCUCGUGUGGACAUAUCGCUCGACGGAUUUCGAGGUCCACCGGAACUGGCUGGCGAUCACGCAUAGUUUACCUCUGAAGGAAUGGUACCGCGAGAGAACCUCAAGAUGGACUCUGGAUUACCCGCCUCUGUUCGCGUGGUUCGAGUGGUUCCUCUCCCAGAUAGCUGCCCGAGUCGAUCCGAAGAUGCUCAAUGUGGAAAAUUUGGAAUAUGCUUCAGAAGAAACGAUUCUCUUCCAACGCUUCAGCGUCAUGUGUUCUGACGCUGUCUUGUUCUACGCCGCCUAUGUAUGGCACGGGAUCUGCUUCGAGCAAACUCAGCGUUUGCCACGCCUCUUCAAACCUCUGGUCCUCGUGGGACUGAUCUUGAACCCAGGGCUCCUCAUUGUCGAUCAUAUCCACUUCCAAUAUAACGGAAUUCUUAUGGGAAUUAUGCUCCUUUCGAUGGCGAGGAUUUAUCAAGGACACGUGCUGUGGGGCACUCUUUGGUUCAGCAUUUUACUAAACAUGAAGCACAUCUACUUGUAUAUAGCACCCCCGUUCUUCAUAUACCUGCUCAGAACGUACGUGCUGUCCGAGAAAAACGUGAGGUUGCAGGCGAUACGCCUCUCCCAGCUGGGUCUCAUCGUCGCCGGCGUCUUCAGUAUUUCCUUCGGCCCUUUCAUAUAUCACGGUCAAAUUCGUCAAGUCCUGUCGCGUCUCUUCCCCGUCAGGAGGGGUCUCCUGCAUUCGUACUGGGCACCUAAUAUAUGGGCUCUGUACGGCUUCUGUGACGAGAUCUUGCGAUGGUUCGCGCGGAAGUUGGGUUUCGGAGUCCCAGCCCAGACAAUCACCAAGGGUCUCGUCCAAGAGGCGAAGUUCGCGGUUCUGCCUAAUGUGCCAAGCUGGCUGACUAUAGUCGCAGCCCUAGUGCUCAUGACGCCCUCAUUGUACAAACUGUUCCGAAAACCUUGUCGGGAGGCUUUCCUCCAUUCGGUGGUGUAUUGUGGAUGUGUCUCUUUCCUGGUCGGUUUCCAUGUUCACGAGAAAGCUAUCCUCAUCCCUCUGCUCGGUUUGCUCCCUCUGGCGGUUCGGCGGCCAGAGCUGUCGGGACUCUUCGUGGCGUUCUCGGCGACCGGUCAUUUCUCCCUUUUCCCCCUACUGCCCAAUGAGCAGGAACGAUUUUUGAAGACUGCGCUGGUCCUGCUCUACGCCUUCUACAUUCACAAGGCCCUGAGCGCUCUCCGCGGGAGGCCUGCCUUAGCCCGGCUGAGCAAAAUCUAUCUCCUCGGACUCGCUCCUCUAUUUCUCUACACAGAAAUAAUAAGCAAAGUCAUGCCGUCUCGAUACGAAUUCCUCCCGCUCAUGGGCACAUCGGUUUAUUGUGCCAUAGGGAUUCUCCAUUGCUUCAUCCCGUUCUCGUUUGCGCAAGAUUACACGAAGUUGUCAGAGAGAUUCAAGAGACAGUGAUCGAGCUCCGGAAUAAUGUAAUCAGAAGGCGUCUGCAAUCGAACGUUGCCUCUGGCAAUCUUGUAUCUCAUAUCUCAUAUGUAACGUAUAGUCUUAAUCAAAAUGCAAUAUAUGAUAUCUUGAAAGUUCCUAGACCGGAGAUGAAAAUAAAAUGUCAGGAGGCUGU